AUUAGUCCUUACUUACACGCGCGGUCAGCCCGAACUCAACAAUCUUUCUACUUGACAACUGACAACGCUUCCCAUGCUGCCCGAUGCCCCGCUGGGGAAAAUUACGGGCAGUCACUCCCCAGUACUCUCUCUCUCUCUCUCUUCUCCCGCUUGCUUCUGCGUGAUUAUUCUCCCUAUAUCUUUUUUCUCCCUCUCAGGUCUCAUUGAUCACGAUCGGACGGUCCACAAUGAACGCCUCUCCUUUUGCUCGUUCCCUUUGCUUUUAGUCCUUCAAAUCCUCAGAUCCACGCUCUCUUCGCUCUGAUCUCCGUUUCCCGGUUACCCUUUUUUUUUUUUAAUAUACAGAUAUCUUUUUUGAAUUAUCCUUGGCCGUGAAAAUGGAGGCUGAUCACGGUUCAAAGGCAGUUACGGUUAGUUCCGCCGCGCUAACAUCCGCCGGUGAGACUCUGGCUACCAUGUUCUUGUCGGCUCUGGUCAAAACCCACCUUUUAGCUCUGAACUCCUUUGGGUUGCUGCUGACUGACAAACCCAGAGUCAAGGGAGACCAUGCACAAGACCAGCCUCAGCCAGAAGAUGCUGAUGGGGAAGAUGGCAAUGAAGAUGACGAGGAAGAUGACAAUGACGGGGAUGGUGACUUUGGUGAAGGUGAAGAGGAGCUCUCUUCUGAAGGUGGGGAAUAUGGCAACAAUCCUAAUGGCAACAAGAACAAUCCAAAGAGGGGACCAGGAGGUGGAGCAGGUGGGGCAGAAGAGAAUGGGGAAGAAGAAGAUGAUGAAGAGGAUGGUGAAGACCCAGAGGAUGAAGAGGAUGACGAUGACGAGGAUGAAGAUGAAGAUGAGGAAGAUGAUGGUGGAGAAGAGGAUGAGGAAGAUGUUGAAGGAGUUGAAAACGAAGAUGAAGAGGAGGAUGAUGAAGAUGAGGAGUCCCUCCAGCCUCCAAAGAAGAGGAAGAAGUAAACUAGGAGAUUGCUGGAGCCUCCCCUAAAUACCCUUUUUAUGUAACUUAUUUCUCUAACAUUAUUAUCUUAUUUAGCCACUGAGGAGGCCGCUUAGGACAAUGUUUUAUGCAUAAUCAUAUCAUUCCCUUUCCAUGAGUAGAGUACUGUACAACUUCUUGAGCAGCGGCAAAGAUUCAAUUGAAAAAAUGUAUGAUUCCGCUACUUCAUAUAGUCAAUAGAUAUGAUAGUUUUGCAAACAUGCUCUCAAAAUAUCUUUACUUGUUUGUCUUCUGGUCAAAAUAGUUAAAUAUAUGGCAUUAAACAAAUCCCUGGUAAACAACAAAAACAAAGAAUGUCCUCAAGCCUCAAGCACCCAGGUUUUCAAGGAUCCUGAGUAGCUGAUAUUUCUCAGAAUGAAGGC